GGGAUAUGAUCUGCGGUCUGAAUCACAAAGGAGGCACAUCUUUAUCCUCAGGGGGAGCGCCGCUCGGGGCACCGCUCCUCGAAUAAAAACCAAACUCAGAUGUACUUGCUGCCACCGGAUCGACUCACCUCGGGCCUCUUUGUUCGCCACCAUGCCAAUAUGCGAAGGAGCGUCCCUGAGCCCCUCGUUCGAUUGCACCGUAAUUGUGUAUGUGUGUGAAAAAAGGAGCUUUGAAUGGAAAAGGCGAGUCCCAAUACGACUCGACCUCGGUGAGUUCUUUGCCGUACGACAGUCACAGUCCCUCGCACAAGAGUUACACGAUGCGCCGGCGCUCGGGCCCUCGCGGCGUGGGACAAAGCGCGGCAGAGCUCGAUUGGAAAGGGGGAGAGGUAAAGGAGCGGGGCCAGCUGUCCAGCAGCGGACGCGUACGGUGAAACUCUUGACGGCCUAGCCUUUCGUCUCGUCGCUGAUCGGAGGAAUCUAUCGCGGGCGGGCG